AUGUCCAUGCGUCUCCGCAAUGAUGAAGACAUCACCACUACCACCACCUCGACUAUCAUGACCACGACAGCCGCGCAAACACCACGCGCAAACAACAUUCCCACAGAACAGCAUACGCCCUCCCCAUCUGUGGACCAUGACACCAUCGUACCGGCCAUGGGAGGGAAGGAGAAGGAGCGAGUUGAUGUGGGGAGCCGGCACACGGACACCAACAGGGCAGACAAGAAGAGCACCGAGUAUCUGAUCAAGAGUGGGCUGGCAGGAGGUUUCGCUGGGUGCGCUGCCAAAACAGUCGUCGGUCCCCUCGAUCGCGUCAAAAUCCUCUUCCAAACUCGCAACCCCCAAUUCGCAAAAUACGCUGGUUCCUGGUCCGGCUUCCACAUUGCAAUCCGCGACAUCUAUGCCUCCGCCGGUUUCGCAGGUCUCUUCAAGGGGCACUCAGCAACCCUACUCCGUAUCUUCCCAUACGCCGGUAUCAAAUUCCUUGCGUACGAGCAAAUCCGCGCACGCGUCAUCAAAAAAAAGUCGCAGGAGACUCCUGCCCGCCGCUUCAUCAGCGGCAGCUUGGCAGGCAUGAUGAGUGUUUUCCUCACCUACCCGCUCGAAGUCAUAAGAGUCCGACUAGCCUUUGAAACCCAAGCAGACCAGCGCAGCGGCCUGAGUUCGAUAAUGCGGAAAAUAUACGCAGAGCGCCCACCGCCCGUUGCCCACCAUCAUCCUUCCAACCCCGUAGCCGCGACCGCAGUCCAGGUUGUGGAAAAAGUGACGCCGAGAAGCGGACUCCCCAACUUCUUCCGCGGCUUCACGCCCACACUACUAGGCAUGAUUCCUUAUGCAGGCGCCUCCUUUCUCGCCCACGAUACCAUGAGCGACGUCAUGCGCUGGCCUCGCCUAGCCCCGUACACCACCCUUCCCAACACCUCGCGGGAGGAGUCCCUGACCACGAGCCACAAGCCCGCCCAACUUCGUUACUGGGCCGAACUCACCACCGGCGGAAUAGCAGGCUUCGUCUCGCAAACCGUCUCCUACCCUCUCGAAGUGAUACGAAGAAGGAUGCAGGUGGGUGGUGUGGUCGGUGAUGGCCAUAGGCUGGGCAUGGGCGAGGUGGUGGGGAGAAUCUACUUGGAGAGGGGUUACAAGGGGUUCUUCGUCGGCUUGACGAUUGGCUAUGUCAAGGUGGUGCCCAUGGCUGCCGUGAGCUUUUAUGCGUAUGAGCGGGGGAAAUAUUACUUGGGUAUUUGA